AUGGGUAAUAAGGUAUUUAACGUUGCUGUGUUUUUUGUCGUGUUCAGAGAAUGUCUGGAAGCUGUAGUGAUCUUAUCUGUUCUUCUAUCAUUUUUGAAACAAUCCAUUGGUGUCAAAGAUAAAAAACUGCAUAAAAAAUUAGUUAUACAAGUAUGGACUGGUGCUGCCACUGGGUUUAUUAUCUGUUUAGGUAUUGGAGGUGGGUUUAUUGGUGCUUAUUAUAAAUAUCAAAAGGAUAUUUUUGGUUCUGCAGAAGAUUUAUGGGAAGGUGUAUUUUGUAUGAUUGCUACCAUUAUGAUUUCAAUGAUGGGUAUACCAAUGUUAAGAAUGAACAAGAUGCAAGAGAAAUGGAGAGUGAAGAUUGCUAGAUCAUUAGUAGAGGUGCCAAAAAGAAAAAGAGACUAUUUUAAAUUAAGUUUUAUUGCUAAACGUUAUUCUAUGUUUUUGUUACCUUUUAUUACUGUAUUAAGAGAAGGUUUAGAGGCUGUCGUUUUCGUUGCUGGUGCCGGUAUUACUACUCAGGGCUCGCAAGCAAGUGCAUACCCAUUACCUGUAUUUGUGGGAUUGAUUGCUGGUGGUUUAGUAGGGUUCCUAUUAUAUUACGGUGCUUCACGUUCUUCUUUACAAGUGUUUUUAGUCAUCUCAACCGGUAUUCUAUAUUUAAUCUCAGCUGGUUUAUUCUCUAGAGGUGCUUGGUUUUUCGAAAAUUACAGAUUUAACAAAGCCACCGGUGGUGAUGCUUCGGAAUCUGGUGACGGUAAUGGUUCUUAUAAUAUUAGGCAAGCUGUCUACCAUAUCAAUUGUUGUAAUCCAGAGUUAGAUAACGGUUGGGAUAUUUUUAACGCAUUGCUGGGUUGGCAAAAUACUGGCUACUUGGCUUCUGUCCUUGCAUACAAUUUAUAUUGGCUAUGUCUAAUCAUUGUAUUAGGUUUAAUGAUUUUUGAGGAAAAAAGAGGACAUCUACCAUUCUGUCGUGAAUUGAAAAUGAAACAUUUGAACCCAGGGUACUGGAUAAAGAAUAAGAAGGCUAAAGAAUUGACAGAAGACCAACAAAUGGCAUUAUUAAAUAAGAUUGAUAAUUUAGAGUUUGAUGAAAAUGGUGAAAUUAUCAAUGAAUUAAAUAACGCUGUAACUAUGCCUGGAUCAUCAGGUAGUGAUCGCGAUUCAAAAACAGAUGCUAACAAGAAGGAUGCUGAAGUCAAAACCCAUAUAUUUGAGGAAUAA